AUGAUAUCCUCGAGACCCGGCCCGUCGGGGUCGUCGAAUCCGAGCGCUGGACGCAGCAGCGCAUACGUCCUCGAUUUUAUCUGUCUUUUUACGCACGAUCUCAAGAGAAAACAGAAGAGAUGGGAAGAUGGGCGCCUGAAAUACCACACUUUCAACAAGCGGGUGAUGGUGUACGAUGAGCGCGGUAAUUCGGUGGGGGACAUGCAUUGGCAACGCGAUGAGGAGUUUGGGGAAGGGGAAGAAGUCCAGCUGGACCGAGGGGGCGUGAUCAUUCAAGUGAUGGAGUGCGUGGGACAACGGGAGCAAGAUCUGUCCGAGUUGCUGGACAAACGAGCCAAAGAAAAAGAGCAACGCCAAUCUCGGUUCCUCGCGCGCCCGCCCGUCAUGCCGCUUGACACCCCUCUAGGGAGAUCUCCGGGACCGGAGCGUUUACAAACCCGUCAUCGGCCCUUGAACCAUGUUUUAGGGACUCCGACUGGCCACUACGGUCGGGCGGUGGCUCCCACAGAGUCGCCCUUCGAGAUACGGCGAAAGACGAACGACAGUGCCAACAGCUCCGUGGACUCGCGCCCGGCAAAACGGGCGAAACGUGAUAUUUCGCCACCGAGAAAGAUAGGCUACGCUCAAAGCUUCGCCCCCACGACCACCACCCAAUUCGACGGGCCGUCGCCAAGGCCAGGCGGCGUCAAUCCCGGAAGGGGAACAGCAAGAAGACGAGGAGGGGGAGGAGGAGGAGGAUGA